CUGCAGACAGAGGAAGGAUGAAGUCUUUGGUGAUCCCACUAGCCGGGCUCUUGCUCUUGUACCUCGCCUCUGGGGGGCUGUGCCGUGGCUGUGGUGUUCUGACCCCUUGCCACUCAGCCAAUAUCACUGUCACCUACACGGCUGUCGAUGGCGUGAGCCAAACCUUCAGAGACUCCAUCCUUGUCACCGUGCCCCAGAACUCCUUCUUCUUCAAUGUGAUGGAGGCCGCUCGGGAUAAAAACCCCAGCAAAUUCAACUUCACGUACACACUGAGCGUGUGGGGCGCAUACAUCACCUCCGUGCAGGGCCUGCAGGCCAAUAACGCCCAGCGCACCUACUGGCAGCUCCUGAGCAACAACGUCCCGCUGAAACUAGGCGCUGGGUGCUAUGCUGUCUCCCGCGGUGAGAGGCUGGAGGUCAGGUUGUCCAAGUACUAAGCUCCGGCGCGCCGGCCGGUCUGCUCAGGAAAGUGCCGCUUGUCCCGGCCUUUCCCCUGCAUGG